AUGGAUCGCCGUGAUGAAGACGCUGCGCUACUUCACCCACAUGACGGCGACGACCGCGGAUCACGUCGUUACGAUCGAGGUGGCCGGGGCUACUCUCGCCCUUACUACGACGAUGGCACUCGCAGCGAUGAUGCCCGACGUGGUCCUGACGAGGAUCUUCGUCAUUUUUCCGCCUCUCCAGGUGGCAGCCCAGAUCGCCAUCCUCGUCGCGAUCGUUCUACAUCGCCUCUUCGACAAGCUGGUACUCCGAGUGAUACUGUGAUCCUGGAAGGCUUGCCAUCCGAUGUAUCUCUCGAGACGCUGCGAGAUUGUCUCUUCAAACAGUCCGAUCUGUCACAAUAUCCAUCUGUCGAUGUUCGCAUUCCCUCGGCUGGGCGAGGCAAGCGUCGCGCUUUCGCGCAGUUCGAGAAUGUCGAGCAAGCGGUCGAGUUUGUCAAAGGAAACUAUCCUAAGCUUGUCAUCAACUUCUUCAGCGGAGAGGCUGAUGAUACUACGGACGGCAUGACCCUCAUUUAUAUCCACUACGCAAGGAACCGCGAUGACGCCGAGCGAGAAAGUCGCGCUGGAACUGCCGCCAACUGGAGCUGUCCGACUUGCGACUUCUCAAAUUAUGCGACAAGGAGCCGCUGCAAAAACUGCGGUGGUCCACCUACAGAUCCGUCCCAGUACCGGUUCUUGUUGACUGGCGAGAGUGAUGCAUCGGAUACACCUUCUCAAAUCUUGGUUUUCUUCCCUUUGGCGCCCUCCGUUACCGAGGAUGUGUUCUCGGCGGGAGUUGGAAAACUGGAGCUCGUGCAAAAGCAAGCAUCAGCAAAGAACUCGGGCGACGGUCCAAAGCUCAAGUCCACUGCUCCGACUGGCGAUGCAUCUGGCUACGGCGCAAGGCCUGGCUCUCUGCACCGCACAUUCAUGAUGCGUGACCAAGAGACGAACGAGUCAUUUAACUUUGGAUUUGCCGAGUUCUGGACCGUGGAAGACGCGUUGGCGGCCAUGAAGAAGUUCAAGAUGAUGCGCGAAUUCACCAUUGCCUCGAAACCAGUGACAGUUUCGACCAUCCAUCUCGGCGUCUUCGUGCCAGAACUGAGGGAAGUGACCAGGUUCAACGAGCGGGUCUCUUUCAACCCGCUGUUUAACCCGGCUAUUCGGGUCAAGUACUGGGAGCCUCACGUAUAUCCCAGCCAGAAAGUGAUCACCGAGGUACCUCCCGGCGGCACCUCUGGAGACGGAAGCAAAGGGGAUGCUACCGACGAGGCGAAGAAGGGCAAGAAACGCAAGGCAGAUGGAAACCUGCCCGCCUCUUCCACCAAGAAGUCGGUGCCGAUGGCUGGGCAAAUGGCGUUUUGGCAGAAACGGCACGUCGAAAUACACGAGGGCAAGCGAGCCGCUGAUGCUGUUGGUGAAGAUGGCCAGUCUGAAGAGCGCGCGCCGGUAAAGAUCUCUCUGUCUGGCGCGAACGCGAUAUCUACCGGCCCUAUCAAGAUUUCUUUAACGGGCGUCAGUCUAUCGAAAGCUCCCGCUCCGACGGCAUCGCCCAAUGGGGCUCCUGCGGUUGAGGACCCUGCGACAUCUGGGCCUUUGCCGGGAGCUGGCGCUCCAGAUAAGACAUCCACGCCAGAAGCGCCAACAUCAUACGUGGACCGCGAAAAGAUCUGCUGCUUGAUCUGUAUGAUGAAGUACAAGUCUCUGGAUGAUCUUAACACGCACGAAAAAUCGAGAAACCACAAGAACGCCACAGCAGAUGAGGAGAAGGUCAAGGCAGCCAAGCCGCGACUAGCUGCCCGCGACAAGAGGAUGGCGAAACAGGCAGAGGAGCAACCCCCGACGACAGCGGGGAACGAAGAAUCGGCACCGCAAUACCGCGAUCGCGCCAAGGAACGAAGAGAGGUGUUUAACCAACCCGCGAAACCCAAGGCCCCCCCUGUCCAAGGCGGUGCCAAGUCAGGGCGCAAAGACGACAAGUCGACCAACCCUCCGGCGGCGACGGCGGCGGCAUCCAAGGAAAAGACACCUCCACCGGCGCCUCCGAAGUCCAAGGGCGCGGGGAUGCUGGCUAAAAUGGGCUGGACCACGGGACAGGGUCUGGGUGCCAACGGUGACGGCCGCACCGAGGUGAUUGCCACUCACGCGUACCAGGAGGGCGUCGGCCUCGGCGCCGAGGGCGGAAACUUGGGCGACGCGGCAGAGCUGGCCCAGCGCAAGACUACGAAUAGCUAUGCCGAGUAUGUGAAUACGGUGCAGGACCGGGCUAGGGAGCGGUAUAAUAAGAUGAACUGA